CGCCCAUUGCGUGAAGUUGAAGACUUUAAUGAAAUCCACAAAUCAGUCAGCCGGGAGUCUGCCACUUCUGAAAAGAAAAAACCCAAAAAGAAGGAACCAGUGCACUUGAACCACGAAUCUCCCAAAGUGGUAGGAAACCCUUGGACAUUUUUCAACCAAUUUACCGAUACACAAGAGGCACGAUAUGACAACGAGGAGCAGGAAGAAAUGGACAGCGUGUCUUACAAUGGACGAGACGAGCCCAAUGAAUACCCUGACACCCCCAAUUCACAACACAAUGAAUAUGUUGAUGCGGUAGAUGAUGGCCAGGAACACAACUCAUGGUCUUUCUUUCCAUUUUCACGUCGUGCUCAAGAAGCGAAUAGUCCCACUUCGGGCAAAAUUCCUUCACAUGUUGAUGAUUCAAAUAAGCCACCAAAAUUAAUGAAGCGUAUAAGAGCAUUCCGGACCAGAAAAAAGGACCGCCAGGGAAAAAAGUCCAUCAGCGCAGUAGAUUUCACUGCUGAUGAGGAAGAUAUGGCUACAACUAGAAGGGCGCAAGCAUUGGUAGGCAGAUUGGCUGUCAGUGCGGAUGCUAUUGGCUUACUUGCAUCAUGUCUAUUAGAAGAUGAGAGAGGAAUUGGAAGAGCACCUCUAUUGUUGACAUUAUUAGGUUUCAGAAUUACUGAUACCUCUCCUAAUAUUGGUACCAAAAUAAGAAGAUUUAGAAUCGAUUUGGAGUAUGGUGUUGGACCUCAAAGGCUCCAAUGGUCAGUGGAAAAGAAUGCCAAGGACUUGUUGUACUUGCACUCAAGGUUCAAGUUCGAAAAAUGGAGAAAUGAAGUUAGAAGUAUCAAGACAGACCUUCCUAAGUACCCUAUUCCUCCUUUGAGGAAUGCUGAAGGGGUGAAUAACAGGUCAAAAUCUAAAAACCACUUGAAAUCAGGAGCAAAUGAGGAGUUACAUGAAGAUAAUUCAUCAAUUCAAACAAAUCAUACACUCAGGGGCCACUUGGCAAACUUAAGAUCGCAACUCAGUAGCAUUAAUUCAACCUAUAGUGAAGAGCAAUCACCAGAACAAGUCAGAGCAAGAAUCACUAAGAACCAGGAGUAUAUCAAAGAGGUGACAAACUAUUUGAAUGAUCUUAUAACAUUAGUCGCAUUAAGAGCCCAAUCAAACAAGUUAUUUCAGUUUUUUGAGAUUUCUCCACUUUCCUCAUUAUUAAGUUAUGAAACUGGUUACAUUGGAAAACAGGGUGUUAUUCACUUAGGAGGAACGGCUAAGUCCCAAGGAUGGAGAGUCGGCCAUUUCAAAGCGAACGAUCUUAAGGGGAUGAUUGACAGACGUUCUGAAAAAUGGUUAUUGAUCAGAAAUUCCUACGUUAUGUAUGUUGCUGAUAUCAACUCCACACUACCUUUAGAUGUGUUCUUGGUUGACUCGAAUUUCAGGAUUACUUUCAAGGGUGAUACCGAGCAAGGAAAAGAUGACGAAGAAUCGGACUAUGAUGAUUCUUCCUUGAUUCAAAUGAAGUUAGGUGAGGAAACACUUGAAAACGAAUCUUCUCACAAGAACGUUUUUCAACACUUAAAAAUAACUUUGGAAAAUUCAGAAAGAAAAAUGGUUCUUGUUCCAAAAUCUAUUAAGGAACAAAAAUUAUGGAUUAAGUCAUUGCUGGAAAUGAAAAACUCAACGAUAUAUUCUAAUGCAAAUAGAUUCGGAUCAUUUGCACCAAUUAGAAAAAAUUCUUUUGCUCAAUGGUUCGUUGAUGGUAGAGAUUAUUUCUGGGCAGUCUCCUCUGCGUUAGAAAUGGCAAAAGAUGUUAUCUUUAUUCACGAUUGGUGGUUAUCUCCAGAGUUAUAUUUGAGACGGCCUGCUAAUGGUAAUCAGCAAUGGAGAAUUGAUAGAAUUCUUCAGAGAAAAGCAAAACAAGGUGUCAAGAUUUACGUUAUAGUGUAUCGUAAUGUGGGGACCACGGUAGCAACAGACUCGCUUUAUACAAAGCAUUCAAUUUUAUCUCUUGACGAAGAAAAUAUUCAUGUCAUUAGAUCACCAAACCAAUUACUUCAAAAUACUUAUUUUUGGGCGCAUCAUGAGAAGUUAUGUAUCAUUGACCAUACCGUGGCAUUCCUUGGAGGAAUUGAUUUAUGUUAUGGUAGAUACGAUACACCUGACCAUGUUUUGACAGAUGAUUCUGAGGUGAAUUUUGAAUCCUUGCUGGCUGAAGAGAGGUUAUCUCCCGAAGAUUUUGUCAAAUUUCAAGUGUUCCCAGGUAAGGAUUACUCAAAUCCUCGUGUUAAAGAUUUUUUCGGCCUAGACAAACCUUAUGAGUCUAUGUAUGAUAGAAAUUCUGUUCCUAGAAUGCCUUGGCACGAUGUUCAUAUGGUUACUUCUGGUAAAGUGGCUAGAGAUUUGGCCAGACAUUUUGUUCAAAGAUGGAAUUACUUGCUUAGACAGAAGAGACCAAGUAGAUUUACUCCUUUACUUACUCCACCAUCUGAUUUAACUGAUGAAGAGGUUGAGCACUUGGGUCUCAAUGGUACUUGUGAAGUUCAGUUGAUUAGAUCAUCGGGCAGCUGGUCUUUGGGUCUAAAAGAGCAUGAGCAGAGCAUCCAGAAUGCUUAUUUGAAGUUGAUUGAAACUUCAGAACAUUUUGUAUAUAUCGAGAAUCAGUUUUUCAUCACAUCCUGUUUCAUUGAUGGUACAGAAAUUAAGAAUAGAAUCGGAGAUGCUUUGGUUGAUAGAAUUAUCAAGGCUCAUAAUGAAGGCACUAAUUGGAGGGCCAUUAUUGUUAUUCCACUAAUGCCCGGCUUUGAAUCCCAGGUGGACGAGCCUGAUGGUUCAUCUGUCAGAGUGAUCAUGCAAUGUCAGUACAUGUCUAUUUCAAGAGGUACUACGUCAAUCUAUGCAAAAUUGAGGAAGUAUGGAAUCGAACCUGAUGACUAUAUUCAAUUCUUUUCAUUAAGAAAAUGGGGUAGAAUUGGGCCUGAUAGAACCUUAGUUACCGAACAAUUGUACAUUCAUGCCAAGACCAUGAUUGUUGAUGAUAGGGUUGCUCUUAUCGGAAGUGCAAACAUCAAUGAGAGAUCUAUGAGAGGUGUUAGAGACUCAGAAGUGGCAGCUGUAGUCAGAGAUCAAUCUAUGAUUAGUACAACCAUGGAUGGCGAGCCCUAUUUGGCUGCCAAGUUUGCCCAUACACUUCGUAUGAGAUUGAUGAGGGAGCAUCUUGGAGUCAAUGUCGAUAUCUUAGAUAUUGUUGAGAGAAGAUUUAAGAGGUUUGAAGAAGUUGCUAAAUCGUCCGUUGGGUUGAAGGCAGUCACCAAUAAGUUUAAGAACCGUGAGCAUGCAAUUAUGUCCGCCAUGGUUGAAAUUGCAUCUAGAGAUAUUUUGGAUGAGAAAGAAGGUACUUUCAGAUGGAAGAAUUUCCAGGAGUCCAAGAACUUGCAAACCGAGGCUGCGGAAGUUGAGCUCGACGAGGAGACAAAAUCUGACGAGCAGAAAAUCCCUACCCCAUUACCAUUACCACUUUCUUUCAACAAUAGAACUGGUCCCCAUGAGGCCAAUACUGGUAUCAGAGACAAAAAGAAGCAUUCAUACGAUGCCAGAGUUCAACAUUCUGAUAAGCACAAAAAGGACGUCUAUGGUGAUGGUCCUGAUAAAUAUAAAACUAAAUUGGCGAAACGGGCAAGACUUAACGCUAGUCGGUUUUUGAAAGAUCUUGCCAAGCAAGCAAUGAAGAAUAAUCCGACAUCCUCAUUCUUGCCAGAUAUCCAUAACGUGAAGGAUUUCUUAGAAGCUGAUGAUUUUGAUAUAAUCGACGAGAUUGAUGAAGAAUCUGAAAAAUUGAUCAAUGAACGAAACAAGGAAAGAUGGGCAUUGUUAAAGAAAAUAUCUUACUUGCAAAGAGUCGCAGCAAAGGAAAAGGAAGACAAUGAACAUGAAGCUAAGAGAAGAGUCGACGCAGGAAUGGAGCCUAGCAUCAAGCAACCCCGCAAAAACUCCAGUUACAACGGUUCGGGAAGUCCUGAACCCGAAAAGAUUUCAGUAAACAUUACUGAUGGAGACAUUCAAGCACCACUUGAUACACCAGAGGACGCAGCUGAUGGCUCAAUUUCAGAAAAAGAAAAGAAGGGAGAAACAGUUGAGGGCCAUAGCGAACAAAUCCCUAUUGUUACCCUUGAUGAACAAGGAACAAGGGAUAUUCUUCAAAGUAUCAACCCCAAGGGCGACGUUCACUUUAGUAAGUAUGUCGAUCCCUAUGGUUUUGAGGAUCCAUUAUAUUUUGAAUUCUAUGAAGAUCUUUGGUACGAGCAUGCCAGAAGGAAUACUGAGAUGUUUAGGUUGAUCUUCCAUACGCAACCUGAUGAUUAUGCCAUUUCAUGGAAGGAUUACAAGCACUACUCCAAGUUACAGAGAGCAUUCUAUUUGUCACAACAACAAGAGGCAAAGGAAAGAGUCAAACAACGCACAAGAACGAGCUUGUCCGAUGAAUCGGAAAGCGAAGACGAAUUUGCAGCAAAUGCCAAAUCUUCACUCCAAGAUGAAUAUGAUGCUUCAGACAACGAGCAUGAUGAUUUGAUCGAAGAGGAGGAUGAAGAUGAUGACGAAGAACAACUCCCGGAAAAAGCAGCUACGCAACGCGUUGAAGACGAAACUGAAACCGAAGUACCCACCGAGGAACCAAAGUCUUCGGAAGCUGACUCAACUCCUAAAUCAAGACUUGAAAGUGGAUUUACUGCAAGCUCCACCAAAAAGCCACGUCCUAAGAGAAGUUUCUUGACCCGCAGAAGACUUCGUUCCGGCGAGAGAAUCUUCGAUCGGGAUUCAGCAGAGCGAAUCUUGAACGAGAUUCAGGGCCACUUGGUCAUGUUCCCAGUUGACUGGUUGAUGAGGGAAUUGGAGGGAGGAAACUGGUUCUAUAACACCGAUAGAAUUCCUCCCAUCGAAAUUUACGAUUGA